AUGUGGAAAAGACUUGUUAUCCUGGAAAUGGAGGAUCCAAAGAGGCAAAGUGACAUGAACCACAUUGAGGAUGUCCUGCUGCAAUAUCCUGAUUGGAGAGGGCAUCCAUUCCUGCGGGAAGAAGUGGCUCGGUUCCUGACCUACUACUGCAAAGCACCUGCCAGCCUUAAUCCAGACAAUGUGGUUGUUCUUAAUGGCUGCUGCUCUGUCUUCUCUGCAUUAGCCAUGGUUCUGUGUGAACCAGGGGAUGCUUUUCUCAUCGCCACUCCCUUCUAUGGUGGCUUCAUCUUCAGCUCCUACUUGUAUGCCAAAGUUAAACUGAUUUGCGUCCACCUAGAGAGUGAGAUCACCGAGGAGAACACCAGUCCUUUCCAGCUCACUGUGAAAAAGCUGGAGCAAGCCAUGGUUGAAGCUAGACUCAAGGGGAAAAGAGUCAAAGGCCUCGUGCUAAUCAACCCACAGAAUCCUCUGGGUGGCAUCUACUCCCAAGAGUCACUGAAGGAAUACCUGGAAUUUGCCAAGAGGAAUUACUUGCAUGUGAUCAUAGAUGAGAUUUACAUGCUCACUGUGUUCAAUGACUAUCUCAAGUUCCACAGCGUGCUGAGCAUAGAAAGCUUGCCUGACCCCAACAGGACCCACGUGAUCUGGGGAACUAGUAAGGAUUUUGGCAUCUCUGGCUUCCGCUUUGGUGCUCUGUACACCCACAACAAGGAUGUGGCCUCUGCCGUGUGCUCCUUUGGCUACCUCCACAGUACCUCUGGCACCGCCCAGUACAAACUACACCGCGUGCUCCAAGACAAAGAAUGGAUCAACACAGUGUACCUGCCGACUAACCUCUCACGGCUCAGGAAGGCCUACAAUUAUGUCACUGGUCAGCUGAAGCUAUUGGGAAUCCCCUUUCUCAGUGGUGGUGCUGGCCUCUACAUCUGGAUCAACUUGAAGUCGUACCUAGAACCAUGUACAUUUGAUGAAGAACUGGCCCUCCAUCAGCACUUUCUGGACAUGAAGGUGAUGUUAUACCGUGGCAAAAGCUUCAAGUGUAAAGAGCCUGGCUAGUUCCGCCUCAUGUUUGCAGAAAAGCUUCCAACGCUGGAAGUGGCCAUGCAACGGUUGCACAACACCUUACAGAUUCAGAAACAGAUUCAGGAACAGAAACAGAUAGAGAAGAUGCUGGCGGAUGCGUCUGUUUCCUAG